AUGGCGUCCUCCGCUGCGUCCACCGUUCUUCAGGCGGUUCCGCCAGCCCUGACGUUCCUUGUCCCGUUGUUUGCCCUCGUUCUCCUCGCGUUGGUUCUUUCACAUCGACCAUGGCAUGCGCGGAGGGGGUUCAAAACUCAAAGCAGCCGGACAGAGGCGGUUGUGGCGUACAUCGCCAUUGGCGCAUUGGCCGUCUUGUCGACACUCUAUGGCGCACUAGGACUCAGAACGGCUCUAGCCGACAGCCAUGGCGUUGGCCUGGGAAUGAGAGUCGGGGCCUCGGUGCUCUACCUGAGCAACGAAUAUGCAGAAGUUAGGUUGAAGACCUAUUGGCUCGUUCUGCUCGUAAUCGAGCUCGUCUGCGCGACGCUGGUCUCUCUCGUCUUCGCUGCCGUACCGCGCGAGUCGAUGUCGCCCAGCGUACCUGCUGCACUUUGGCUGGCGUUUAUUGGCACCGUCAUCCCCUUUCUGCUCGUCGCGAUGCGCGUCGCCAAACAGGGGCCAAACAACAACGCGCAUGUGACCCCGACAGAGGGAACUCGCACGCCUUCCUUCAGCGGCACUCGGCUUUCGACCAUCGCUAGCAUCGAACCUCGCUCUCCUAUUUCUUCGCUCCAGUCGCUCCCGUGCUCAGAGUCUGGUCAUGAGAAAGUGCCCAGCGUUUGUUCGACAUCGGAUGUCACAUUUGUCAACCAUUUGCAUCCUCCGCACCAUCCCAAUCGCACCGGACUCCCUCCCCGCGAUUUGGAAGCCGGCACCGCUCAAGUCGCAGCCAGUCCAUCAUCGUUAAGACUGAGAAUCGGGAAUGGUCGAUCACAAAGUCUACUGGUCUUUCUUGUUGCAUCCCAAUUCGCGGCUUUGGUGGCGUUCGUGCUCGAGAUCGUAGCCGUCAACGUCGCCCGUUCGGCGACCCCCAAUUCGGCACCCUCGUCUGCCACGAAAAGAUCUUCCGCAUAUGCUACCCUCCAGAUCUUUCGGACUGCAGUGAUGGUCCUCUGCAUCAUUGGUGUUAUGGCUGCAUUCCUUCUUCACGCAUAUAAUGCUUAUUUGCGCGCUCCAUCCACUAUCCGUCAAUCUACCACCACAGCUGACGCUGCUCUCCCACCUGCGGUCGACCUGUCCAGAAUGAACGCCAUCACUGUCUCACUCUCGACAACGACCACCACAUCCCCACCGUUUGCGGCGAACAAGCGGCGACCCUUGGGUCAACCUUGUGCACCCUCAGCUUUUAAUAAGAGUGCCAAGAAGUUCUCCCUCGGGGGUGGUUUUACGGAUAUCGCUCUUAGCGCGGUCCAUCGCCAGGUUGUUUUCACGAAUGCUGGCCCCGCUCACCAUCGUGAUGGAUCAGAUGAAGGGCUCUACCUCAACAGUAAACCUGCGCCAACCCUCUCUCGCCAAACUUCCUCCUCCUCUUGCGCUUCAUCCUUCGAGACACCCAUGGCAAGGAGCGUACCCGCCAACUCGGUCCUGAUGUCCCCCGAACCCUCUCCCUCCGCCCUUCCCACUCCAGUGCGCGAUUCCAAGUUCGACGACGAGGAGAACUUCGAACCUGGCUAUGCCUACAUCUAUACGGACAAGACCACGGUCGCCGCUGAAAAGACCGCUGUGGCCCAAACAGACCCUCUCGACGUCGGAUUGCCGGUCCCGUUCCAAGGACAACCACAGGGUGCUCGGACCACUUCUGUGGCCUCUUCGGUCUAUACAUCUCCAAGCAAGCCUCAAUUGUCCUUGAACAACUCUUACAAUAGUUCAGCGUUCACCAAUGUGGCCGUCGAGAACGCCUUUUCAUCGUCGUCGUCUCCGUCUUUGUCUCCUCCUCAAACCCCCAUGAGUACCCCCAUCGACAUCCCUACUUCCAAAUCUUUCUCCAACCCUUACCCAACCCCGCGAUCGACCCCUACUACAUCAUCCUUCGCCGACAGCCCGACCCUCCCCGUCCUCCCCAUCACUCCUACUCGGACGUCACCACAUACCUCGCAACGGCCACAUACAUCCUGCAGUAGCAAGUUCAGUCUUGGUUCUCGCUCGCGGUUCUUCGAGAGACCCAGUAUGGAAACCGAACGUCAGCCAUCCCAAUGCUCUACUCCCACACGCAGUCGAGAGUCCACACCCACUCCUACUCCCACACGAGCGCCCACUCCUGGUCUGAGCUUGACGCCUUUCAUCGGUGUCCACGUCCGCAAGCGCGACUCGACCAGCUCCAAGUCUCGUAAUCACUCUCCCAGCCCUCCUUCAUCCUUCAUGGCCAAUCUGAAGGGGAAGGCGAAGAGCCUCUCUUCCAAGCAUGACUCCUUCGUACAAGGCUUGGAAGGUAUUCGGAACGGGCUUGGCAGUUCUGGGAAGACGAAGUAUCCACUUCGUUCCUCGAACUCACAUUCAAGUCUGGGCCUUGGGAUCAGCAGCGGCUUUAAGUUCCCUCAAUUGACACGGCGAGCUUCCGAACUCGACAAGGGAAGACGUAAUCGAUCCUCGACUAGUAUCAACUGUUCACCAGAGAGCAGCAACCCUUCGGUGCACGAAGUCGACGAGGGGGAUUUCAUGGACUUGCGGGAUCCCUUUGCACCUCCGAGUGUGGCAGAGGGUGGCGCCCUUCGGAUUGUCACUCGGGAGGAGUUGAACAUACGGACAGGGAGGGAGAGUAGGAGUGCGUAUCGAGAUGAAGAAGUGUUCGAGAUGGACAAAGAUGGAAAUUGGUCUGGGUCUUUGGGUCGAUCCAGGGGUCAGCGGAUGAGCGCGUGGGGCAACCUUCCACUCAGCCAAUCUAACCCCAGUAGUCCGAUUCGACGCCCCUCGAGCCCUUCUGCCACCAAGAUAUUGUCUAUGAGGCCAUCGAAGCAUCGAGUCGACAAGGUCAAGCUCAAAAGCAAAUCGUCCAAGGCCUCGAGCAAAUCCGAAGGCAGCAGCCCGGAUCGACAUGUCCCCCCUCUUGAAGCCGUUUCCGACGACAUUGGAGUGUUCGAGGAGGCUUUGUUGGCACAACAGUUGUUAGAGAGACUCGGUGGUGGUCUCUAA